AUGGGAAGAUUGUUGGAGUGCAAAGCGAACACCGACGCUGCGUUGAAGGAGGUGAAGGAUUCAUGGAAGGAUGUCGGGGUAUGCAUCGCGUGUGACAGUUGGACCGACAGCAAAGGACAUCCGCAGCUGAACUUCUUAGCUGUUAAUACGAUUGCAUCCGUUUUUCUUUUUGGGGUGGAUUGCGGCACGGAGAAGAAGGGAGCAGAAUUCAUUGCUGGCCACUUGAAGACGGCAAUGGUCAUGGUGGGAACGGAGAACGUUGUCGGCCUGCUGAUGGACGGUGCGUCCGCGAAUGUCAAUGCUGCCAGCAUCAUCGCCCGCGAGUACCCAAAAGUUCAGUGGAUUCGUUGCGGCAGUGCGCAAACUCUCGAUAAGCUGGUGUUGAGUGAGGACUGGGAGGAGUACGUCAAGGGGAAGCCGAAAAUGAAGGACGCAUGGGAUACUAUUAUCGACAAGGAGUUCUGGAUGCGCGUUGGGACGGUGCUCGAUGUGCUUCGUCCGGUCUACAAGCUGUUGCGGAAUGUUGACGGCAAUCAGGAGGUGAUGGGCAAGAUCUAUGACAAAAUGUUUGCUUUGGAGGAUGCGGUGAAGGAGGCGUGUAAGGAGCUGACCGAGGAGGAGAAGGAGGAUGUGACCGACAUCGUGCGGAAUCGGUGGAACAACGACAUCAACUGCGCGCUUCACGUGGUCGGACGGAUUCUGUACCCGCCAAACCAAUACGAGUCAAUAUUCGGAACGGACGUGGAGUGUACCAAGAUCUUCAAGAAAUUCAUUCGCAAUUACUACAAGGGUGAAUUCGUGAAAGUGGGAGGGGUGACGGCGCCACUCGCAACCAUCGUCGAAAAAGAGGUCUUGACAUACAUCAAGGGGAAGGGAGACAUUGGGGAGCAGAAAGCGCGUGAUGAGCAUGAACUCAUCAAAGCUGGGCUUUUGGAUUCGGCGCAUUGGUGGGAAUUUAAUGGCACGGACGUGCCACACCUCUCCAAGCUUGCAAAAAGAGUUCUCAAGCAAUGCGUCUCGGCCUCCCCGUGCGAGACGAAGUGGGCCGUUUGGGAGUCAAUCCAUACAGCUCGUCGUAAUCGCCUUGGAGCGAAACGCCUUGCCGACCUGGUUUACGUGAGCCACAACUAUCACACAGUGAAGAAGUUGAAUGAAGAUCUUGCUAAGAAGCUGGUGGUGAGUGGGCUUCCUGUGGUGCAAGUUAAGGAGGAACCUACUGACAGCUACGGGCAUCUCGAUGACGACGACAUCCCCGAUGAGGCAUAUCUUGAUGGCCAGGAAGCGGAAGAGCCUAUGGACCGAGCGGAUAAAAGUGAGGGGAGGAAUGGGUGUGUGUGGGUAGGGCAAGAAGUGGUGGAGAGAGGCGAGGUGGUGGUGGUGACUGGGACUGACCCUGGCCGGGCUCGGGCCAGAGAAGGCCCAGCGUUAUUUGCCGGGCGGGUCAACAUCCCAGCAAGUCGGCUUGGCGUUUUGAGGCCAGCCCUGCCCAGGCCGGCCCAUGUUAUUGCCUGCUCUGUGGCCAUAGACUGUUGCGCUAUUGUGCCUCGGUGCGGCCAGUCUGAUUGUGUGCUCAUGCCUGCGCCCCUUACCGCCCUGCUUCCAUCCCACUUCCCCUCCCCGCGCGUCCUUCUUUCCAACCCUCCACUCCCCCCUCUUUUAAACAUCUCCUUCCCACCAGUGUGUUGGUGGCAUGACCUGCCAGAGAUGCUGAGGAAGAAAGAGCAGAUGAGGCGAGCCAUGGAGGCAGCAGAGGCGGCAAGCGACACCACAGCAUUGCAUGGCGUUCAUGUUGGCCAUGGGAUGGAAGGUACCUUCCUUUCAUUUCAUAUACCAGCCAACAAACCCUUCCCCGUCAUUCCCCCGUCCCCGUUUUCUCAACUUCCCCUCUCCUUUCCCUCUACUUCCUGUUCCAUUAACCUCCCCUUUCCCUCCCUUUCCUGUCCCUUUCCUCUCCCCUUAACCUUCCCUACCCUUUACUCCCCAUUUCCCUCACCUUUCAUUCCCCUUCCCUUCCCCCUUUCCUCCCAUUUCCUGUCCACUUCCCCUCCCCUUCCUCUCCCUUGCCUUCCCCUUCUCCCCCAUUUCCCAUCCCCUUCGCCUCCACUUUUGCUCCCGUUCCCCUCCCCAUACCCUCUCCUUUCCCUCCCGUUUCCGUCCCCUUACCCUCCCCCUCCCCUCCUUAUUCCCUUCCCAUUCCCUCCCCAUCCCCUCUCAUCGCAUUCGCCUGGGAACAUUUUCAACCAUAUCUCUUUCAUUCUUCCCCCCUUCCUCCCGGCCGCUCUUCUCCCCCCUCCCCUCUUCCCCACCCCUCCUGUCUCCCGUCAGCUCGACAACUGUAUCAACUUACACAUGCCUCAAUUCAUUGGGGGCGCUCUUAGUGCUGCUGAUUCUUGCUACGGGGGCAAUUCCUCUAUUGGGGCAAUUCCUCUAUUGGGGCAAUUCCUCUAUUGGGGCAAUUCCUCUAUUGGGGCAACUGCUCUAUUGGGGCAACUGCUCUAUUGGGGCAACUGCUCUAUUGGGGCAACUGCUCUAUUGGGGCAACUGCUCUAUUGUGGCAACUUCUUACCGGCUGGACUGCUGUAG